CCUUCUCUCUUGCCUUCUCCCAGCGUCCCUUCCUCGAGACCUUAUCUUCUUCCCCAUUCCUCCAAGCUCCCGCCAUGGCCGCCGUCUCUUCCUUAUCCUUCGUCCUUCCUUCCCUCACCCCUAAAACCCUAACCUUUGCCACCUCCAGGCUCACUGUGCUCUCCAUCCCCUCCCCUUCCACCCUCAGCUCCCGCCAAAGUCACCUCUUCGCUUCCCCUUCGUUCCUCGCCCUCGCCGGAGCUCCCGUGGCCCCGCGCUCCCGCUUCGUCCCCCACGUGGCCGUGUCCUCUGAGCUGGAGGAAGAGGAGGAGGUCCUGAGCGACGAGGCCGAGCGCAGCUUCUCCCCCGACCUCAAGCUCUUCGUCGGGAACCUUCCCUUCAGCGUCGACAGCGCUCAGCUCGCUGGCCUGUUCGAGAACGCCGGGAAUGUUGAGAUGGUUGAGGUGAUUUACGACAAGGACACUGGAAGGAGCAGAGGAUUUGGGUUCGUAACCAUGUCCACCUCCGAGGAAGUCGAAGCUGCUGCUCAGCAAUUCAAUGGCUAUGAAUUUGAGGGACGGCUUUUGAGGGUGAAUUCAGGACCACCUCCUUCUAGGAGGGACGGCCCACCACCUAGAAUGGGCCGGGGUGGUUCAUCUUCUGGUAAUCGCGUGUAUGUGGGCAACCUUUCAUGGGGUGUUGAUGAUUUGGCUCUAGAAACACUGUUCAGCGAGCAGGGUAAGGUUGUGGAAGCAAAGGUUGUCUAUGAUCGGGAAAGUGGCAGGUCUAGGGGUUUCGGGUUCGUGACUUACAGUACUGCUGAUGAGGUUGACAGUGCCAUUGAGACUUUGAAUGGAGUUGACUUGAAUGGCAGACCGAUUCGAGUCACUGUUGCAGAAGCCAAGCCAAGGCGUCAGUUUUGAGUGUAUGAAUACCUAGUUCGUGCAUCACAGGGAUGAUACUUGAGGGAGUUCUGAAGCGGGUAGCUUGACCCCAAUUGCACUUGUUCGGGGAUUGCCCACGUGCUUCUUGAUUGGGAGCGCUAUCUCCCACAAUGACCCCAUUUGCUCCCUCCUUUAUGCAUACCUAAUCGAAGGAACAGGAAAUUCCUGAUGCAUGCAACAUAGUUUGACAUAUUCGAUGCUCAGCCUAGUUUUGUAAUUCAGUAUAGAAGCUGAUUUUCUGUAUCUUGUUCUCCUUUCCAAGGCAAGGGCCUGGUGAAGCACUCUUGUCCUUUGCAUCUUUAGGAAAACUGGUCACUCUCCAAAGAUGGUUUGAAAUAGGAUUGAUUGCUUGUCGAGUUCAAUUCCAAAGAUGAUUUCGUUUCUUCUCUUAAAAUUUCUGCUUCUCUAA